AUGGCAACAAAGCGCAACCUCGACGCCACGGGGCAGAAAUCCCCAGCAGAAACAGCAUCCACCCCUCGGGCCAAAAUGCCAGCCAGGAAACGCCCGCGCCUCCACCAGCGCCCGACGGUCUCUCUCUCGCAACUAGACCCCAGCCCAGCUUCCUCCUCCCUCUUCUUCCAGCUCCCCCGCGAGCUGCGCGACCAAGUGUACCACGAAGUCUGGACCACGACGCCGCAUCUGCGCCAGCGCUACCUGCGCAAGUUCUACUCCGUCACGUACGGCCACCGCAAGCCCAGCGCGCAGCCCGUCAACACGGCGGCGUGGCUUCUCGCGAGCAAGCAGAUCCUGCUAGAGGGGCUUGCGCAGUUCCAUCGCCAGUCGGUGUGGCACUUCGUGGACACGGAUGCAGAGAACCGACCGUCGGAGUACGUGUUCCCGCUGCUCACCCCGGGAUUGGUGUAUGCGCAGCACCUGCACCUCGAGCACUGGACGCCGCUCGACCGCAAAGACGGCACAUUCACUCUGCGCAAGGAGUCCGUGGCGCUGGUGAACCGCAUGGUGAGCUCGAUGCACGAGGACGACGCGCUCAAGGAGAUCCGCGUCUCGAUUCUGUGGGGCGCUGUGGACCCCGCCAUCCUGGCGUCGGCUUGCCAGUUCGAUCUGUCCAAGCUGGAGCGCUUGGGCGUCCAGAGAGGCGUGGAGGAGUUCGGGUUUCACGUCGCCGUUGAGGGACUUGCCUGGGGGGGUGUGCCGGCUGCGAGACGACGAGUGCAGCUGGCGGAGACGCAGUUCGGUGACGCACUGAAGAGUGAAGCUGAGCGAGUUGGCAGAGCGCUUGUUCCGGACGGCGUGGAGAGUCAGGCGCUGGAUACGCACAGGGAAGUGGGGAGCGGGAAUAGUGGCCUUUUGUGGUCUUGGGCAUACGAGGUUAAGAAGGGAUGA